AUGUCAGUUCAAUUAAAAGAAUAUAUUAACAAUUAUGAGAAACCAAGUGUUGAAAUAACCUAUGGUACUGCUGGUUUCCGUACAAAGGCUAAUAAUUUAAAUUAUGUAAAUUAUACUGUUGGUAUUUUAGCUGCUUUAAGAUCAAAAUAUUUAAAAGGUAAAACUAUUGGUGUUAUGAUUACUGCUUCUCAUAAUCCACCUGAAGAUAAUGGUGUUAAAUUUGUUGAUCCAUUAGGUAGUAUGUUGGAAAGUUCAUGGGAGAAAUAUGCAACUUUUUUGGCAAAUUCAUCAAUUGACGAAUUAAAGAAAAAUAUAGAAUCAUUGAUUGACGAAUUGAAUAUAGAUUUAUCGGUCACUGCAAACUUGGUUAUUGCUAGGGACUCAAGGGAAUCAAGCCCUGAAUUGUCAAACAACACAAUUGAAGGUUUUAAAUCAUUAACAAAUGUAAAUUAUCAGGAUUUCGGUUUAUUUACCACCCCUCAAUUACAUUAUGUAACUAGAUGUUUAAAUGAUUCCAGUUUUGGUCAACCUACAGAACAAGGUUAUUAUGAUAAAAUGGUUAAGUCUUUUAAAGAAAUAUUCAAAUUAACAUCACAACAAUCCCAACUUGAAAUUGAAAUUGAUGCCGCAAAUGGUGUUGGAGGACCUAAAAUUAAAGAUUUACUCAAACUUUUACAAGAUGAAGUUAAAUUCGACAUUAUAAAUGAUAAUUAUAAAACUCCAAACUUAUUGAAUUUUGAUUGUGGUGCUGAUUUUGUUAAAACUAAUCAAAAAUUACCUAAAAAUGUUCAACCUCAAGAAAAUAAAUUAUAUGCUUCAUUUGAUGGUGAUGCAGAUAGAUUGAUAUGUUAUUAUCAAGACUCAAAUAAACAAUUUCGUUUGUUAGAUGGUGAUAAAUUAUCAACAUUAAUUGCAUUAUUCUUACAAACAAUUUUCAAAUCAAUUGAUAAAUCAAAAUUAAAUUUAAAACUUGGUGUUGUUCAAACUGCCUAUGCAAAUGGAUCGUCAACUAAAUAUAUUGAACAAGUUUUGAAAUUACCAGUUUGUUGUACUCCUACUGGUGUUAAGCAUUUACAUCAUAAAGCAAAACAAGAAUUUGAUAUAGGUAUAUAUUUUGAAGCUAAUGGUCAUGGAACAGUCAUAUUUAAUCCAGAAGCAGAGAAGAAAAUAUUUGACUAUAAAGAUGAAAAUGAAGAAGAAUCAAAAGCAAUUAAAAUCUUACAAAAUUUCAGUCAAUUAAUUAAUCAAACUGUUGGUGAUGCAAUAAGUGAUUUAUUAAGUGUCCUAAUCAUAUUACACUAUUUACAAUUGAAACCACAAGAUUGGAAUGAUGAAUAUACUGAUUUACCUAAUAAAUUAAUUAAAGCAAUUGUCCCAGAUCGUACGAUUUUUAAAACAACAAAUGCUGAAAGAACUUUAGUUGAGCCAGCAGGUAUUCAAGAUAAAAUUGAUAAAUAUGUUAGCGAAAUUCCAAAUGGUAGAUCAUUUGUAAGAGCUUCUGGAACUGAAGAUGCUGUUAGGAUAUAUGCAGAAGCUGAUACUGAAGAAAAUGUUUCAAAAUUGAUAAAUUCCGUUAAAUCAUUAUUAGAAUAG